AGAAGCCAGAGAUGUCGUCAAGUACUUUAUUCAAGGCCACGGUUAACGAGCAUCUAGAGAACCUACCGAAACCUAUUCAAUCCAAGUUGUACGAGGCACCGGCCACCUGCUUGUCGAUUUAUCGGUUGCUACCACCAAUGGCGAAAUUUUUCAUAAUGUCGAUGUUAUUUCACGACAAACCGGUUGCAUAUAAGGAUUUAGAAAGGAUAUGUAAACCCAAUACCAAGAAGUUGCAGUUUGAAGCGUUCAAUCGCUUGAAGGCGUUGCAUUUGAUUGACGAGGAUCAAGGGAGAAGCCAUUUAAAGCUACAUCCGAUCUUCAAGCAAAAUUUUAGAGAUUGUCUUACUGGAAGUCAGGCUUCUAAUGCAUUCGGGAACUUGUGUACUACGGCGGAUAAGCAUCAGGUGGACGUGAAGUUUUUGGACCAAUUUGCAUCGCAGAAAUGGGAAACCAUUCUACAUUUCAUGGUGGGGACAGAAUUGGGUGUAGAUCCUUCAAAGUCGGUUUUAUCAUUGCUAAAACUGGGUGGGUUGAUGGAAGGUCCGGGUACUAGUCCUAGAAACUUGAAGAUCACCAAUGAAGGGUUUCAGUUUUUGCUUCAGGAUGUGAACGCACAAAUUUGGACAUUUUUAUUACAAUAUUUGAAUUUGACUCAAGAUUUGAACAUGGACCCGGUCGAUGUUUUGAAUUUCAUCUUCAUUUUGGGUUCGUUGGAAUUGGGCAAGAGCUAUACUGUUUCUAGUUUAAGUGCAACCCAAGUGAGUAUGUUGGCCGAUUUGAAAGAUUAUGGUUUAAUAUAUCAAAGAUCGGAUAGUUCUAGUAGAUUUUACCCAACUAGAUUGGCUACUACUUUAACGUCAGAGUCUGCUGCAUUGAGAAGCCCUUCGGCGGCAAUGGAGCAUGCAUUGCAAAGUACCACCACUGCAGAAGGUGGCGACGAUGCUAGUGCCAUUCAAAAUUCAGUUAGCGCUGGUAUUGCAUCAGCUCAAGGUACAGUGAUUAUCGAGACUAAUUUUAAGAUCUACGCAUAUACAAAUUCACCAUUAGAAAUUGCUGUUUUGAACCUUUUCGUUAAUUUAAAAAUAAGAUUUUCAAAUAUGGUUUGCGGACAAAUCACUCGUGAGUCUAUAAGGCAUGCUCUAUUGAAUGGUAUUACUGCUGAUCAAAUCAUUAGAUUUUUAGAAACUCAUGCCCAUCCCCAAAUGAGGUUAUUAGCUAAAGAAAAAUUAGAUAAAAAAAUCGAAUUCGAUACAAGUCAUAAUAUUAAUACUGCUGGUGGGGCCCCACAAUCACAAGUUUAUGGAGAAAAUGGUACUGUUGCUCAACACAAACUCGAGGUUUUACCCCCAACUGUCGUUGAUCAAAUUAAAUUGUGGCAAUUAGAAUUGGACCGUAUACAAACAUUCGAAGGAUAUCUUUUCAAAGAUUUCCAAAAUCAACAAGAAUAUGAUUAUUUGAGUAAUUAUGCACAGGAAAUCGGUGUUCUUAUCUGGGGGGAUAAAGUCAAGAAGAAGUUUUUUGUUACUCCUGAAGGUAUGGAUCAAGUUGCAAUCUUUGCUAACAGAAAAUAGUCAUAACUUUUUUGCAUCG